AUGGAUGAAAUAAUUACACUGAGACUGAGGGUUAUAGAAGGUCAUGGACUAGCAAAAAAACACAUAUUUGGAUCCAGUAAUCCUUAUGUAAGGAUAGACCUCCGUUCAAUUAAUGGAGAUGUAACUGUUAAUUCAGUUCUCACACAAAAGAAGAAAAUGACCCUGAACCCCAAGUGGGAUGAAGAGUUUAUAUUUGUUGUUAAACCAACAGAACAUAAGCUUGUAUUACAAGUUUUCGAUAAGAACCGGCUGACUCGUGAUGGUUUCAUGGGAAUGGUGGAGUUGAUUCUUCUUAAUCUGCCUACGGAGCAAGAAGGAAGAACUAUACCAUCCAAACAGUAUAUUCUCCGCCCUCGCAGUGCCAGAUCUCGAGUGAGAGGUCACCUGGAGUUGUACCAUGCUUUUAUAGGAGAGCCAGCAGGAGGAGGAGAGAUAAUGAGGCCUGGUGAAGAGGUUCUGAGAUCACGACAGGAGUCAGAUCCUGACUUGAAGAUUGUUGAUGAACCCAUCAUGCCAAAUUUACCAUCUCUGCCACAUGGAUGGGAAGAACGACAGGAUGCUAAUGGCCGCACGUACUAUUUGAACCAUAUUGCCCGUUCUAUUCAGUGGGAAAGGCCUUCCUUUAACAAUGAUGGUCAAGUCCUUGUGCGUAGUCUAGAAUCUGCAGUUACAGAAUUUCAGAGACGGUUUCACAUUAGUGUAGAUGACAUUGAAGCUAACAGAAGAGAAAGUAACUCAGCAGUUCAUCAGGCUGAUGACAUUACAGACAGUACUGAUCAGUCCCAACAUGAAGCAGAAACUUUGUCCACAUCUGAGUCCCGAGCACCAAAUUCAUUGGAUAUGAACUCUGAAGGACUACCUCAUGAUAUUACAGACAGUACUGAUCAGUCCCAGCAUGAUGCAGAAACUUUGUCCAUACCCGAGUCCCGAGCACCGACUUCAUUGGAUAUGAACUCUGAAGGACUACCUCGUAUUAUUACAGACCGUACUGAUCAGUACCAGCACGAAGCAGAAACUUUAUCCACACCUGAGUCCCGAGCACCGAAUUCAUUGGAUAUGAACUCCGAAGGACUACCUCAUGAUAUUACAGACCGUACUGAUCAGUCCCGAGCGCCGAUUUCAUCGGAUAUGAACUUUGAAGGACUACCUCAGGGAUGGACAAUGCAAUUAGCACCCAGUGGUCGGGUUUUUUUCAUUGAUCACAACGAAAGGGCUACAACAUGGGUAGAUCCUCGCACAGGAAGUGCCAGCCCCAUGCCAAACCAAAACCAUCCACCUAAACAACGGCCUGCCAGAGGGGCUCUGCCAGAGGGGUGGGAAGAACGAGUUCAUAAAGACAGAAGAUUAUUUAUUGAUCAUAAUACCAGGAAAAUUCAGUGGGAGGAUCCAAGAUUGUAUAACAUACAGAUUGUUGGUCCAGCAGUGCCACGCUCUUUUGACUACAAGUUGAAGUAUAAAUAUUUGAAAUCUAAAUUAAAGAAACCAAUCAAUGUGCCAAAUAAGUUUGAGAUCAAGGUAAGAAGACAGCAUAUUCUGCAAGAUUCGUACAGAAUCAUCAGUAGUGUGAACCGAAUGGAGCUCUUAAAAACCAAGUUAUGGGUCCAGUUUGAUGGUGAAGUGGCCUGGGAUUAUGGUGGAUUGACUCGCGAGUGGUUCCUUCUGGUGUCCAAGGAGAUGUUCAAUCCGUACUAUGGUUUAUUUGAAUAUUCUGCUAUGGAUAACUACACCCUUCAGAUUAAUCCAUUAUCCAGGUUGUACAAUGAAGAACACCUCAAUUAUUUUAAGUUUAUUGGUCGGAUUGUUGGGAUGGCUGUUUAUCAUGGUAAACUGCUGGAUGCUUUUAUCAUCCGUCCUUUUUACAAGAUGAUGUUGGGCAAGCCAAUCGUUCUAAAAGAUAUGGAAGGUGUUGAUUCAGAAUACUACAAUUCUUUACUUUGGAUCAAGGAGAAUGAUCCUUCAAAACUUGAACUUACUUUCAGUUUGGAUGAAGAGAGCUUUGGUCACUUUUCACGGCGGGAACUGAAACCAGAUGGUGCAAACAUUCCUCUUACAAAUGAGAAUAAGGACGAAUAUAUAAGGUUGAUUAUCAAUUGGCGGUUUGUUUCACGAGUACAAGAUCAGAUGAAUGCAUUUCUUCAAGGUUUUUGUGGCCUUGUGCCCCUUAAGUACGUCAAGAUAUUUGAUGAACAUGAGCUUGAACUACUAAUGUGUGGCAUACAGAAUAUUGAUGUCAACGACUGGAAGAAGAAUACGGUGUAUAAAGGCAUCUAUAAUCCCUCUCAUAUUACUGUGAAGUGGUUUUGGGCGGUUGUCAUGUCAUUUAAUAAUGAGAUGCGAGCAAGACUCCUGCAGUUUGUAACAGGAACUUCUCGUGUUCCUAUGAAUGGGUUUAAAGAACUAUAUGGCAGCAAUGGUCCGCAUCUGUUUACCAUACAGAAAUGGGGUCGGCCAGAAAAUUAUCCACGUGCCCAUACAUGCUUCAAUAUGUUAGAUUUGCCUCCUUAUAAAAGUUACCAGCAACUACGUGAUAAGCUCGUUCAAGCUAUUGAAGGAUCACAAGGAUUUGCUGGAGUAGACUAA